GUUUUGUCAUCUCACCAUGUCCGGCAGCUCCACAAGUUGAAGCUUCUAGUUCACCUUCGCAGGACAUGCAGAGGCCUUUGGUUGCGCGGUCUUCCAAGACCAUUUCUGGUUAUCAAACUCCGCACCCACCAGCCAGAACUGCGCAAUGCCAGAGCUGGUUGGGGGACAGCUUGAAUGUUUCAGCUGCUCCUGGGAGAACCACAGACCCUGCGAAAGAUGUGAAGGCCUCCAUGACCAGCGACGAGGUCCUUCAAGCCAUAAAAGCUCAAUGGCAGGAAGUCUUAUGUGGACAUGCUCUUAUGACACGUCACGGCUAUGUGAAACGGGAGCAUGCAAAGGAGCUGUCUAUUUUUGGCAGGGGUUUGGAUGCUUUGGAGAAAGUAGAAUACCAAAGCACGGUGACCAACAUUCAUUUUCACUACAUCCUUGUGGGGGCUUUGGCCAAUGAGAUGGUUCGUUUGACCAAGUUCAAAGAUUUGAACAGCAUUACCUUUGUACACAAUCAGAUUCAAAGUCCCAAAGAGCUAGAGCCUUUCAGAAAACUGACACGCUUGAGAAAUGUGGCCAUCAAGGACAACCCACUUUGCAGUGGAAGGGCAAGUUUCAGGGUAAGUAUCCUUCGGUGGCUUCCUCAACUCCGCAAGAUUGAUGGCCACGACAUCGAGGAUUUCGAGCGAGUGGAAGCUAGCAACCUGCGAGCUUCCCUGCCUUCCCCAGCAGCCACAAGUAGAGAGAACACUGAGGAUGGAUCAUGCGAGGCAAUAGACAUGAUGAUGAAGCGAGCUUGCCAAGUGGAUCACCAAAUUUCCAUGGCCCACUUGCAUUUCGACGAUGUGGUCCGAGAUGCUAUUCGUGAAGUUUGGCUUGACCUCCACUCCGAGAGAGUUGGAGUCACAGCCACGACAGGAGCUGGGUCACGCAUGACAAACUUGACAGCCGCGGCGCCUGCAUUCUGUGACCAUGGCCCUGUGCUUGAUGACUAGCUGCUAGCUCAUCUCAAUGCCUUGUGGAUACAACUUGGCGGAAGACGCAGCGCAUCCCAAGAUGAAUUGCGACUGAGAAUUUUAGUAUGUUGAUGGCCGUGUGCCAUUGAUUGCCCUUUGUUGUGGUCAGCAGUCUGAACACAAGCCAACUCGGCGACGCGAUAGCAGCAUGCGUUAUUGACCGUUAUUAUAUACAUGCUACACUGGUGCGAAGUUUCAGAUGUGGUUCGUCACGGAUUUGGCGGUAGUUCGCCAAAGUUUCAACAGUGACGGUAUCAUUGCGAGUGCUCGAUGCACAAACCUUGAGUAGAUUGUACAGCUAUCCACGCUUGCACGCUGCAAGUCUCAAAUAUAUCAAAGAACAGUUGCCAGAUGGACACUAGUACUGCAUGUGUUCAAGUGUUGCAUCGUUUUUUAUCCGAUAUCACUUGCAGUCCGUCGUUUGUUUUUCUUUGGCGCCGUUGCCCAGCUUACUCGAAAGGCCGCCGCUUGCCUUGUGUUUGUGCCAGUUGAUGUGAUCAAGGAGAGGCUUCAGGUGCAAGGCCCUGGACAGGAGCAACAUCUUCAAGGAGAGUGAGAGGAAAGCCUGGGAAGCGAGGCCUUCCAUACUACAUGAAGGACUAUGCUGAACUGAGGCCAAGGGAGAGGGCAUUGGUACCCAAGAAAAGGUACUCUAUGAGGAAGACUCUGGUGAAGAGUGCUCUUAUGAUGACAGCCAGGAAUCUGACAAUGAGAGCCUUGGAGCAUUGUUAUUGUUUUGGAGUGGUCUUGGGUUGUAUUUGGCGCCAAAACCAUUCCAACCCAACUCAACAGUAGACUCUACUGAAUCC